AUGCGAUUCCUCACCAUUGUUUCCCUCGCGGCUUCGGCGCUGGCAGCCAGCCGUACCACUCCUCCGUCUGGAUCGAUUGUCGUGGCCAAGUCUGGCGGUGAUUACACCACUGUCAGCGAGGCCAUUGCCGCGUUGGACACCGACACCACCGAGACUCAGACCAUCUUCAUCGAGGAGGGCACCUACGAGGAACAGGUGUACAUCCCUGAGCUGGCUGGCGCGCUCAUUAUCUACGGACAGACCGAGGAUGAUACCACCUAUUCCUCCAACACUGUCACCAUCACCUAUGACCUGAGCUUGGACUCGGUCAGUGACGAUGAUGAGUCGGCUACCCUGAGGAACUGGGCCGCCAAGACCAGCAUCUACAACAUCAACAUCGCCAACACCUACGGCGAGGGCGCCCAGGCGCUCGCCCUCAGUGCCUACAACACCGAGCAGGGUUACUACGCUUGCCAGUUCCUCGGUUUCCAGGACACCGUCCUUGCUGAAACCGGCUACCAGGUCUACGGCACCUGCUACAUCGAGGGCGCCAUCGACUUCGUCUUCGGCCAGACCGGAAAUGCAUGGUUCGACAGCUGCACGAUCGGCGUGCUCACCUAUUCUGAGGGUACCAUCACCGCCCAGGGCCGCCCCUCGAGCACUGACGAGGGCUACUACGUCUUCAACGAGUGCACUGUCGAGGCCGCCGCUGACGAGGAUGUCACCGAGGGAACCUACUACCUCGGCCGUCCCUGGACCGAGUACGCCCGCGUGGUCUUCCAGAACACCUACCUCAGCGACGUGAUCAACUCCGCCGGCUGGAUCGAGUGGUCCUCCAGCGAGCCCAACACCGAGGACGUCCUCUUCGGUGAGUACGACAACUCCGGCGCUGGAUCCGAGGGCACCCGCGCCAGCUUCGCUACCAAGCUCACCGCUGCGGUCGGCAUUACCGAUAUCCUGGGCAGCAGCUACGAGGACUGGGUUGACACCAGCUACAUCUCUUAA